ACGUCAUUUUGAUUGACGGAUGAAACACCGCCCAGGAGACGCGAGGACUCAAGUAUUCCCACAGAUGUCGGCAUCGAAACGGCAAUAACAAAGUUGAGAGUGAGAAGACGUAGUUCAUGGGCAACAGCAGCACCUGAAGACGCUUCUCCGCUCAAAACCUCGCCAUGGAUGUGCUGAAAUCAGCCAGAAGGGCUUUUAUUCGGAGUCCCAGCCUGACCAAACAGUCCUGGAGCUCAGGCAAACACCAAAAGCUCCCUGAGAAUUGGACCGACACAAGAGAGACUCUUCUUGAGGGAAUGACCUUUAACCUCCGGCAUCUAGGGAUGACUCUGGUGGACCAACCCAAAGGCGAGGAGAUCUCAGCUGCUGCUGUUAAGAGGAUUGUGGCCACAGCCAAAGCCAGCGGAAAGAAACUGCCUAAAGUGGCCCUGAAAGUGUCUCCUCAGGGAAUCAUCUUGUGCGACAGUGUGUCUAACCAGCUGAUCGAGAAUAUUUCCAUAUACAGGAUAUCAUACUGCACAGCUGACAAGAUGCACAACAAAGUAUUUGCUUUCAUCUCCCAGAACCAACAGAAUGAGACGCUCGAGUGCCAUGCAUUCCUCUGUGCCAAACGGAAAAUGGCCCAGGCGGUCUCGCUCACGGUGGCUCAGGCCUUCAGAGUGGCCUUCGAGUUUUGGGAGGUUGCCAAAGAAGAGAGAGAGCAUCGUGUGAAAUGGGAUUCAGCUGGAGAGAUGUCUAACAGUUCACAGUCAGAGAGAUCGGUCAGCCUGACCAGCCUGAAAGGAGGAGCUGCAGCUACAGAGAACCUGUUGGACAUCAAUGAUUACUCAUCUGCUGUGGAAAAUGUGGACAACUCCACCGAACCCAACAACAACACCACCACCCUAUGGGAGAUGGAUGAUGGUCUGGAAGAGGCUUUUUCAAGCUGCAGUUUGGAUAACUAUGAGUACUCUCCAGACUCGCUGAGUCUCGUACUAACCCCCAGGUCCUGGACAUUGGGGUGAUGCCUCAGGACUGGAACUCUGAGACUGAAUGGGACAAGACCAAUGGAAACGCACCAAACGCCUCUGAGCACAGAUAGGUAUGUGGGAGAAAGAAGAUCCAGGAAACUCGGGCAGGAGUUUGCGUUCAGUUGAAAUGGUGGCGCACUGGACCUCCUCAUCCCGAUCAUCUGGUCCAUCACACCAAAGCAAUAGCAGAUGAGUCUAUUUUUGCAAAAAAAAAAGCAAUAUCCUACCUGAGUUUACAUGCUUUAUUUUUAUCAAUCGAAUUGUAUACAGAAUAAUGUAUGUAGAUACCAGAGUCAGUAUUGUUUUAAUGUAUGAAAAUAAAUGUGUAUCAUAUGAAAUAUAACAUUAUGCAUAUUCGGGUGCACUGUAGAGUUACUUUAAGGUCUAGCUCUGUAGUUUGCUGCUUUGAAAUUAAUUUAUCACCAUAAUGCUCUUCAUUAAUGAUAACAGAGAUAAUCAGCUUUAAAUUCACAGUACAGCUUGUCUUUAGUGUCUUUUGAGGCCUUUAAAGUCAUAUUUCAGUAUUUCCAUGUGUAUAUGUUAUUUUUUUAUUUAAUCAGGAUUGUAUGAUUGAUAUAACACCCCAAGGGGCCAUUUAAUAUUUCUCGAAAAAAUCUAAUAAAAGUGUUAAUAUUAUUUGAGAAUUUA